AUGGUAUCUUUUGAUGUUGCAUCCCUUUUUAAUUCUAUUCCCCAGGACCUGGCGAUCGAGACAAUCGAGCUGCUUCUACAAAGCAAAUACGAUGAAACGGAGAAUCGUCUUGGACGCGCGCAAGUCCUUCAGCUUUUGAAGUUCUGUCUCAGAACGAACUUCACGUUUGACGGGACAAUCUACGAACAGGUGAAGGGCACACCAAUGGGUUCGCCGAUUUCGGGGUUCAUCGCCGAGGCGGUCCUGCAACGGUUAGAGUCGCUGGUCUUCCAACAUCACAAACCGGAGUUCUGGACCCGUAAUGAGGAUGAUACCUUCGUCGUUAUCGAUCGGGAUCAACUGCUGACAUUCAAGGAACUUCUGAAUGCGGUCUUCCCGGACAUACAAUUUACGAUGGAGGAGGAAGAGAACAACCAGCUGGCCUUCCUGGAUGUCCUCGUAUGCCGCAAAGAUUGUGGUGGAUUAAAGACCAAAGUGUUCAGGAAAGCGACAAAUACGAUGCAAGUACUGAACUUCAACAGCAACCAUCCAAUCAGUCACAAACGCAGUUGUGUAAGGACGCUCUAUCGGCGUGUCGAAACGCACUGCAGUGAGCCGGAAGACAAGAUUGCUGAACUACAAUACCUCCGACGGGUCUUCAAAGCCAAUGGCUACCCGCGCAACUUUGUCAACCGGUGCAUACGCAAAAUGGACGAAAGGCCUAACCGUACGGACACCAAAGUUUGGCGAGCGCUUCCAUAUGUCAAGAACGUUUCGGAAGCUGUUGGCCGCCUUCUCGCACCACUUGGGGUUGGAGUUGCACACAGGCCGGAGGCAACCAUCAGGCGUCAGUUGAUGAAACCAAAAGACCGACUGCCACGGCAAGAAACGCCUGGAGUCGUUUAUCGGAUCUGGUGCAGUUGCGGACAACGAAUCUACGUCGGAGAAACCGGAAGACAGCUCCGAACGCGAAUGGCCGAACACGCUGCAGCAGUGCGAAGAAAUGACGCCAGCUCUCAAGUUGCGGCUCAUUCGACGGGUUCCUGCCACACAUUCAAAUUUGCCGAGGCCGAAAUUCUCGCAAGAGGUGACAACCGCGUGAGCCGGGAGCUGCUUGAGUCAUGGUUUACUGGCCCCCAGUCUAUUAACAAGUGCAAUGAUCUUCCCAUUCAAUACAGCGUGCUGAGACUUCGUCUAGGCGGAGUAAUUGGCCACGCGGGGAGCGCACUGGUGAACACUCUUCCCAACACCCGAGUCAGCACGUCAGAUGGUCGAGCAAUCAUCACGCCAACAUCCAACGCACGUGAUGAAAUUGCAGCAAUUAACGACGCGAAUAUCGGCCAUCACGCCACGUGCAACGAUCCCUGA